AUGGCGGCUUCUCUCUUGCUGUUCUCCCCUGACCCGUCUCCAUUGCUUCCAUCGCCUCCGCAACCGCGGGUGGAUGAGCUUGAUGAGAGAUGGCAAAACCUGCAGGCAGAAGCAGAACAACGAAAUCGUCAGAUGACCCUACUGCAGGCAGAAGCUGAACAAAAGGACGGCUUACUGGCCCUACUGCAGGCAGAAGCGAAUCAACGAGAAGGUGCAUUCAGCAAGCUUCAGGAGGAGGUUGCGUCUUUGCGAGUUGCAGCCAGCUCCAGUGCGGCCGUCGCUCGAGAGGCAAACCAUGGAUCGCUUCUUUGCAAGAUAUGCUUCGAGAAUGAAGUGGGUUGCGCUUUGUAUCCCUGCCGGCAUCAUGCUUUUUGCUUGCCCUGCGCUUCACAGCUGCUGCAGCGUGGGCAGGCGUGUCCGCUGUGCCGACGCCAAGUUGAGAACUUGUUCGAGACUUAUCCGGGCUGA